AUGGCUGACGCUGAGCAGCAACCAUGCCCCCGGAGGCGCUGGCAACGCGUGGGACAACCUAAGGAGGAGGGUUAUGCAGUGGCUUCUGCGGUUCCCCCUGCACCGGCAGGUAGAAGCUGCGAGGAGGAGGGAUUGUCAAGGCUGGAGGAGGUUGUCUUUGACAUGGAGACGGGGGACCCGGACGAUGUUCUUACCUUGCUGCUUUUGGCAUCAAAUCCCCGGGUCAAGCUGAAGGCAGUGACCAUCACUCCAGGUGCUUCAGAGCAGGUCGCCUUGGUCCUCUGGAUCCUGCAGGAGCUGAGGUUGACAGGCGUCCGCUUGGGAGCGCAGGAAUGGCCAAGGAAUGCGGACAAGAAGUGCCUACGUGGUAAGUUCUACGACAGCUUUGGCCGAGUUCCAGACGCUGUGGUACAAGGGGCUGCCAUUGAGCCGGCCGCAAGUCUUCUGCUGGAAUGUUGUGAUGCCAACACGACACUCCUGACAGGAGGCCCACUGCACAACUUGGGAGCCGCGCUGGACAUGGGUGGCCUCACCUUGGGCCGCUGGGUGGCGCAGGGCGGCUUUGCUGGUGAGGGCGUAGUGCCGAGACACUUGCAGAUGGAGAAGUUCGCGGGAAAAUCGAGCUGCGAAACCUGGAACUUUAAUGGCAACCAGCUUGCAGCAAAAGCUGCUCUGGCUAGCAAAGCUAUUGCCCAAAAAGUCCUGGUGUCCAAGAACGUUUGCCAUCGUGUGGUCUACGACAGUCGGCUUCACCAGGCAUUCAAGAACGCCCUCCAAGCAGAGAAAGCAGAAACAGUGAGAGCAGAGGCGCUGAAAUUGCUGUACAAUGCCAUGUGCAAUUAUGCUCGUGGAGACGGCAAGAAACUUCACGAUCCCCUAGCCAUGGCGGUCGCUGUCGAUGAAGGCGUAUGUCACUUUGAAGAGGUGCGGGUGUACCGCGAUAGCAAAGGCUGGGGAUCCGUCCUUGAAGCCGGGACCAACACGUGGAUAAGUGUGGACUACGAUGAUGAAAGUUUCUUUAGUUGCCCUGUGCUGACACGGUUUGUUAAGGAAGAGCAAAUCGGGGUGGUGCUCCUGCUGCCGGCGAAUACGGGCAAAUGGUGGGAUGCCCAGCGAGACAAGCUGGCCACAGGGUGUUUCGGCAGCACGGUAACUGUUUUGUCCAAGAAGGUAUCCGACAUGACUGGGCAAGGCACCCAACCUGCCACUACCGGGAUGGAUCAGAUUUUGAAUUCCUUUGGAGACAUCGUGCAGAAUGCCGCGGAUUCUCUGCGAUUGCACGAGGAGUGCGACUUGCUAUCACUUCGGAUAGACAAGGUCUCGCGUGGUCUAGCCCCAAACUUGGCACAAUUCAAAUCCUGCAUGCUGGCCUCUUUGCGUUCCCUGCUUCCAAAGGAAUGGGACACAAACUAUGAGGUUGCUUGGAACUGGCUCUGGGACAAUGUGGCAACGCUGCUUGUACAGACGCUCGGCAGCUCCUACAAAUGGGAGGCGGCUGUGAACCAGUUUUUCGGUUCCAUCGGGGAGGAUGCGCGUUACAAGCUCCGUGCGGAGAUCUAUGAGCGCUUUUUUGCGUCCACACCUGCUGGCCAAGAAUAUUUCAAGCAAUCUGAUACGCGCUUGCAUUUCAUUGCAGAGAAGGUUUUCACAUUCUCCAUCGAGAUUUAUGGAGAUCCUUGGAAGUUGAUUGAUGAUUUGUCGGCGCUGGGUUUGCGUCAUGUUGGGUAUGGCGUUCCGACAGAAAUGUUCGCACCUUUCGUCAACGCGUGCGUCGAGGUCAUCAAGGACGCCGCAGCCGAAAACGCGCUCGCCGUGCAAGGCUUCAAAUGGUCGCUUGGAAUUGUGUCCAAGCAGCUGGUGAGGACCAUUGCUGAGGGAUCCACGAUCGUGAUGAAGGCAGUGAACGCAAAUUCAAAGAAGAUGUUGCAGAGAGCCAUCAGCUGCGCUCCUCGAGGGCAGCGCUUCCAGUGGCUCCUGAAGAUCCAGGUCGGUACCCAUUCCAUCUCGCCGCUCUACUGGGCAAUUGAGAGUGGAAGCUUAGCGGCUGCGGAGGCCAUCAUCCACGAUCUGCUGCUAAUUCGGGCAGAUCGGGAGAAAUACUACUACGGAAAUGAUGCCCUCUUCGAGCGACACCAGGAUAUCAUCAAUCGGUUAUGCAGGGAGGCGCCCACGUUGAUUCCAACGCUGCUCGAUGGUCUGAUUUGGCGGUCUGCUCGAACAGAUGCCGGGCGGCGACGGGUGAAUUUUUAUGUGAAGCACCUACUGGUGAAUCAGGAGGGAGAGCCAGCGGAAUUUCUCAGAGAGAUCUGUACCACCAAAGACCCGAAAAUCAUGGUCCAUCCAGCUGUUGUGAUGGUGUCUGACACUCUGUGGAACGGCAUUGUGCGAAACCAUUUUCUGAUAUCCCGCCUCUGGUUCCUGACCAGCUUGCUGAUAUUCAUGCUUAGUGAAGCGAUCUUGCCCAAGACAACAGAGAUCGAGUCUAUUUGGGAAGUUCGUGUGGUGAUCUUCUUUGGGCGCACCUUCAUGUACCUGGUCACGAUGAGCAGGCUAUUCAUCAGAUGCAUCUGGAAGUGUGUCAAAGACUACCGGCGUGGCAAGACAAAUCGAGUCAUGAAAUGUAUUCGGGUGCCGAAGUAUCUGAACAAUGCGAUGGCUUUGGGCAACUUGGUUCUGGCAAUCCUGCUUAUGCUGAUGUGCGCCUAUGAGCCCAUGUAUCAUUGUUUGGCUUCCACUCCACAAGACUGGCCGACGUACAACUGUGAAGACAUCGAGGGAGUGCGAUUUACAUACUCGGCCCUGGGCCUUGGUGCUAUGGCGGUGCACUGGUUCCUCAUGGUAGACUUGGCGGUCUUCUCUACGGGCUUGUCGGCCUUCGUUCUCGUGUGCGCCCAGGUCUUGAGUGAGAUUAGCCGGUUCCUGGUUGCCUUAAUCUUCUUGCUGCUGACCUUCGGAAGUGCCAUCAGCGUGUUGGAACAUGGGUACUUCGAGAUGCGAGACAUCCCGAACACUGUGCUUUGCCUCUUCUCCAUCACCGUCCUCCUUUAUGAGGAUGACUACCGCACUUUGAUGGAGAUUGAGCCAGCCUUGCUUAUGGCUGUACUGCUGUUCGUCUUGGCAUCGUCCAUCCUUCUCAUGAACUUGCUCAUCGCCCAGCUCAACAGCUCCUACGUGUACAUUUACCAGGACAUGGUGGGCUUUGCCCGAUUGAACCGUGCACAGAAGAUUGUCGAGGCGCUCUCCAAUUUCAACAAGAACCACUGGACGAACUUCAUUGACAGCCUGGGACUUGAUCAGCCUUUGGAGUUCAACCAGGGCGAUGUAGGAGUGGCGGGUGGCAUGCAGAUCACAGAGCCGGCCAGCGAGCAUGUGGUGCUCAAGGAUUCCAUUUUGCGCUUUGGCGGCUCUUGCUCUGCUGAGCUACAGUGGCCGGAAGAGUCAAAGAGCCGUGGAGAUCAAGAGAAGCUGUCCAAAAUCGAAUCCAUGGCUAAGAAGGUGUUGAAGAAAGUUACUCAGGACACGAAGAAAAAGAAAGGAGAGGGAUCCAGCCAGGGGCACACUUCUGGAACAGGUGCAGGGGGAAGCUCAGCAUUUACAAGUAGUCACAGCGGCGCUGGUGCGUCAUAUGUUGAUGAGUGA